AUGUCCAUGCAUGAUUCCCGUAUCAUGCAGGACACCGUGCUUCUUGAGCUGCCAUGGUACACAGAACUUGAUGCCAUUUGGCACUCUAAUCCGUCCAUGGCUGCAAAAGUGCACUCAUCAAGACCUGGUGUCGACCACACAGGUGCCUUUUACUCCCUCAUUCAACCACAUGGUGGGGCUGGUCCCUCCAUGUACUAUGGCAACAGUCGGCGGUCAUCACACACUCCCAAUGUCUCAGAUCAUCUGUCUGCCUACCAAUGUGGGCACCACGUACCUCAAAAUUUUGCUGGCGGUAUGUAUCCACCAGCAACACAUGACUCCUUAAUGUUGCGACACUCUGCUCCCCCUCCCCCCUUACCAUCACAUUUGCCCUCUCACGUAUAUAUCGCCGACAACUACAGUCCAUUGCAUUCCCCCUUGGGGAAUGCAUUGGACCAUGUUGAAGGCGACGACGACAUCAUGAUGCUCAACGAUGGCCCUGGUAGCCCUUGCCCAGUUGCGGGGAAGAAGCAACAACUCCCUUCAUCACCCUCUCCUUCUGCCUCCCCUUCCUCCUGCCUCCCCUGCUCCAGAACUGUUCAUCGUGCUGUCAAGAACUCCGGCAUCUACGUACAGUCAGACAUGUCGCAGCAGGUGGAGCAGGUGAAGGACGAAAUCGAGAGCUUCCAGUUGAGCGUGAUGUCAUGCCAUGAGGGCAAACAUCAACACUACAUCGCCAAGCUUGAAGCCAAAAGCGAGCACAAUCAUGACAUGAAGAAAUGCGAGUGGCUUCGUGCUACCCGGGAGCACGAAGCCUCCCAAGCUGCAGUCAGCCAUCAGCGCCAGCAGGAGGUCAAAGACACUGAAAUUCGGCUUUGUGAGAUGGAUAUUCGGGUCCACCAAGCACAUUCCUUGGUGCUUGAUAAGGAAGCAGAAACUCUCCGCCUCAAGAUCCAGUUCCACCAAAUGAUGCAGGCCUCCAAGGCCUCAUUAGAUGCAGGAACUGGAUGA